UAAUUUGACCAGGACUCAAUAAAAUCUACUGACCAUUAAAACCAGGCGAUCUUUCAAGUCAGAAACGUGUGUGCGGUGGCCUAUUUAAUAUCUCAUUAAAAACUAUCAAAGAUCACAGCUUUUGUUACCAGAUACAUUCAUUUCUGGAGAGGGAGAGAAAUAAUAGCCGAAAGAAAAUGAACUGGUUCCUCAAGGAUCAUUUACCAUUCAACUGCUUCAUUUUAGGUCUUGCUGUGCUUACUCUCCAGCGUAGUUGCCAUUUAUUUGUUGCUGCUGGAGACACCCUCUCUCUGGGGACUUCUCUGAGGGAAAACCAGACCAUCAUUUCAAAGAAUGGCACUUUUGAAUUGGGGUUUUUCAGUCCCAAUGGAACCAACAACUGGUAUGUUGGCAUCUGGUAUGCCCAGAUACUUGACAAAACCAUCAUUUGGGUGGCUAACAGAGAAACUCCCAUCACAAGCAUGCCCGGCGUUUUCUCUCUCUCUACAUCUGGUUAUCUCACUCUCUCUGAUUUGCAAGGAAAAGUCAUUUGGUCAAGUAAUGAUACUCAGAAAGCGAAGGCAUCUAGGGCUUCCAUGCUGGACACUGGUAAUUUUGUUCUUAUAGAUACCCAAAACAGUUCUCAGACUGUGUGGGAGAGCUUCGAAAAUCCCACAGAUCAUUUUAUGCCUACCAUGAAGCUUUCGAAAGGCUUGAAAUUGUACUCUUGGAAGAGUCUGGUAGAUCCAGCGCCUGGGCCUUUCUUUCUCCAAUUGAAUCCAUCUCCAGGAGAGACAGACUUUAUGCUGCAGUAUAAAAAUGGUGUUUCAUAUUAUAGCUCGGGAGAAUGGACUGGUAGAUAUUUUGCCACCAUGCCACAGGCAAUAUCUGAUACCACAUUUAGGCAGGAAUUCGUAGUGGUUUCUCCGACAGAAAUGUACUACUCAUAUGGGCUUACACCGGAAGCUAGUUUAACGAUAAUGGGGAGGGAAAUUCUCAACUGGAAUGGUCAGCUAUCAUUCUACUUUUUAGUAAAUAAUAAAAGCUGGAACCUGGUUUAUAAUUCUCCCCAUACAAAUUGCGAGGUGUAUGGCGUAUGCGGUGCUUAUGGAGUUUGUCUUGCCCAAGCAAAUAUUCAGUCAUGCAGCUGUCCGCAAGGCUUCCAGCCAAGAAACGCUACUGCCUGGCGUUCUCAGCAGUGGUGGUUAAGCGGUUGUGUUCGGCGUACUCCAUUAAACUGCUCCUCCAUCAAUGGCAGUGCAAGUGGCACCACAGAUGGUUUCCUUCAAUUCAGUAAUAUGUCGUUAUCAUAUGAUGGAGUGGCUUCUCAAAAUACCCAAGAGUCUCUACAAGGGUGUAAAACUGCUUGUCUAAACAAUUGUUCCUGCACGGCCUUUGCUUUCACUGAUUCAAAUUCUGCCGUUUGUAAAUUGUGGUUUGGCGAUCUGUUCAGCAUGCAGGCUAAUUCAUCAGGUGGUCAGUCCUCAUUCAUUCGAUUGGCUGCUUCUGAUGUGCCACAGUUGUCACCUGACGCAGAUAGUAGCAGCAGCAGAGUAGUUGUGCUCUCCAUUUCAAUUCCUUUGGGUCUUGCUGUUUUGAGUACUCUCUUCAUUGUUGCAUGGUUUAUUCAGCGCAAGCGUCGAACGCUGCUUGAGGAAGACAAUAAUAACGACGCAUCAACAUCGCUCAGCACAUUCACCUACAAAGAGAUGAAAAUUGCGACCAACAAUUUUGCCCAAAAGUUGGGAAAGGGAGCCUUUGGCUCUGUCUUCAAAGGAACUCUGCCAGAUAAAACCCUUGUAGCCGUGAAAAGAUUGGAGGGUUCAGCUCAAGCAGAAAAGCAAUUCCGUGCGGAAAUAAGCACAAUUGGAAACAUACAUCAUGUGAAUUUGGUGAGGCUCCGGGGAUUCUGUGUAGACAGAUCUGAAAGAAUGCUUGUUUAUGAGUACAUGCAAAACGGGUCUCUCAACAAUUUCUUGUCCCGCAGGUCCAAAGAAGCAGACAAGGUUUUGGACUGGAAUACUAGAUUUGGAAUCGCUUUAGGCACUGCAAAAGGGUUACUUUAUCUCCACGAAGAAUGCAGGGAUCGCAUCAUCCAUUGCGAUAUCAAGCCAGAAAAUAUUCUUCUAGACGCGGAUUUCUCUCCAAAAGUGGCUGAUUUUGGAUUGGCAAAGCUUGUUGGUAGAGAUUUCAGCAGAGUGUUGACGACAACAAGAGGAACAAGAGGGUAUUUAGCUCCCGAGUGGCUGUCAGGCGUGCCCAUAACAGUGAAGGCGGAUGUAUACAGCUUCGGCAUGACCCUGCUCGAAAUAAUCUCAGGCCGACGAAAUAGUGACUUGAGCGUGCAGGAAUCUCAGCACUACUUUCCUACUUGGGCAGCAACUCAAAUUCACAAGGGAAAUACAAUCGGUAUUGUGGAUGAAAGGAUUGCAGACAAGGCAGAUGCCGAAGAGGUGAGAAGAGCAGCUGUGGUAAGCAUUCAGUGCAUUGAAAAGGAUGAGAAUGAGAGGCCGAGCAUGGCCCAAGUUGUUCGGAGUUUGGAAGGCAAAUCAGAGGGUGGCGUGGAACAAUAUGAGAGGCCCCCACAAGUGCUGGUUAGCAAUCAUCCUGUAAAAGCGACUAAAAUGGAAACUGAAGUUGUUUAUGCUCAGUGAGGUCACAUAAUCACUUGUUAAACUAUAAUCUUCUGCAGCUUCUAUACCACUUGUAUUUUGUCCAUGCUUAGUCUAUAAUCUUCUGCAACUUCUAUACCACUUGUAUUUUGUCCGUGCUCUCUGUCUAUUCUGGUAGUUUCUCAUAAAUGCAAGAGUAAAUACUCCGUUGACUGUUGUCAUUUGUGUCCCAGCUGCUUCGAUGUUCUUUUGUAGAUUCAAGUAUACAGAAAUAUCUUACAGUUUGGAAGGAGGGCAUACUGUAUAAAUGAAUUUAGUGAUUAUUGCUUUAGUAA